AUGCUUAAGAGCGGCUUCCAGAGGUCGCUACGAGCCUCCUUCCGCCGCCAGGCUGUGGCCCAGCGCUUCUCGCCCAUCACCCGCAGCUUUGCGCCUGCCCUGAGUGCGAGGUUCGCCAGCACUGAUGCCGUCAAGGAUGGCAAGAUCCAUCAGGUCAUCGGUGCCGUCGUCGACGUGAAAUUCGACACCGACACUCUACCGCCUAUCCUUAAUGCGUUGUCGACGGACAAUGGUGGACAGAAGCUCAUCCUCGAGGUCGCGCAACAUUUGGGUGAGAAUGUCGUCCGGUGUAUUGCUAUGGACGGUACCGAAGGUCUCGUCCGUGGCGCUACCGCCACCGAUACUGGCAACCCUAUCAUGAUUCCCGUCGGCCCCGGUACGCUUGGUCGCAUCAUGAACGUCACUGGCGACCCAAUCGACGAGCGAGGCCCGAUCAAGCACACCAAGAAGCUCCCCAUCCACGCCGAUCCCCCAACAUUCGUUGAGCAAGCAACCUCCGCCGAGGUUCUCGUCACUGGUAUCAAGGUCGUCGAUCUGCUGGCUCCCUACGCUCGUGGUGGAAAGAUUGGUCUUUUCGGAGGUGCCGGUGUCGGAAAGACUGUGUUCAUUCAGGAGUUGAUUAACAACAUCGCAAAGGCUCACGGUGGUUUCUCCGUGUUCACUGGUGUCGGAGAGCGAACCCGUGAGGGUAACGAUCUGUACCAUGAAAUGCAAGAGACUUCCGUCAUUCAGCUUGAUGGCGAGUCCAAGGUCGCCCUGGUGUUCGGUCAGAUGAACGAGCCCCCCGGAGCUCGCGCUCGUGUUGCUCUUACUGGUUUGACUGUUGCCGAGUACUUCCGUGACGAGGAGGGCCAGGAUGUGCUUCUCUUUAUCGACAACAUCUUCCGUUUCACCCAGGCCGGUUCCGAGGUGUCUGCCCUGCUCGGUCGUAUCCCAUCUGCCGUCGGUUACCAACCCACUCUCGCCGUCGACAUGGGUGCCAUGCAGGAACGUAUCACCACCACACACAAGGGAUCUAUCACUUCCGUGCAGGCCGUCUACGUGCCCGCUGACGAUUUGACUGAUCCUGCCCCGGCCACCACAUUCGCCCAUUUGGACGCCACCACCGUGUUGUCCCGUGGUAUCUCCGAAUUGGGUAUCUACCCCGCCGUCGAUCCUCUAGAUUCCAAGUCUCGUAUGUUGGAUCCCCGUGUGGUUGGCGACGAUCACUACGACACCGCCAGCAAGGUCCAGCAGAUGCUCCAGGAGUACAAGUCGCUCCAGGACAUCAUCGCCAUUUUGGGUAUGGACGAGUUGUCGGAAGCGGAUAAGUUGACCGUCGAGCGUGCCCGAAAGUUGCAGAGAUUCUUGAGCCAGCCUUUCACUGUCGCUCAGGUCUUCACGGGCAUCGAGGGUAAGCUGGUCGACUUGAAGGACACCAUUUCGUCGUUCAAGGCUAUCAUGAACGGCGAGGGUGAUGACCUGCCAGAAGGUGCUUUCUACAUGGUCGGUGACUUCGCGUCAGCGCGGGCCAAGGGUGAGAAGAUCCUUGCGGACCUCGAGAAGUCGUAG